AGCGGCGAAGAAACCUCCCACACUGCUAAGGGAAAAAGUUGAAAAUGAAAAUAAAAACAUAAAACAAUUAUUAAUAAAAAACAAAAUAAAUAAAUAAAUAAAAAUGGAGUGCGGUGAGCAGUAAAAAAGAAGAAGAAGAUGGCAGAAAAGUAUUAAAUUGUCGUUGUUUUUUUUCCUUUUUAAUAAAAUAUCCGUAGUUCAGAAUAGAGAAAAAUGAAACAGAGUAUUCUCAUUCUCUGUUCUUUUCUCCAUUGAUAAAUUUGUUUAACGGCUUUGAUUUCUUUUUCAUUGGGUGGGAUGGCGAAAACGGGGGUGUUGAGUUCGGAUCCAACGGUGAGAGCGAAGGCAGUGGAACUGAAGAAAGAAUUGCAGAGACUGGUUAGGACUAUCGUCGACGACGAUGAAUACAGCAUCCAUGCCAUCGAUCGAGCUAAAGAUGCUCUUUGUGCUUUGAGAGGCCUCAUUAUGUUCAAUAAACGAUCCUCGCCGGCCACCUUUAAGUUACGUGAAGCGGUGCCCUGUCCUGAAGAGUUCAAAUGUCCUCUUUCUAACGAGCUUAUGAGAGAUCCUGUUAUUUUAGCUUCUGGUCAGACAUAUGACAGACCCUUUAUCCAGAAAUGGCUGAAUGCGGGUAAUAGGACUUGCCCUAGAACCCAACAAGUUCUUUCUCACACGAUUCUCACUCCCAAUCACCUGAUCAGGGAGAUGAUAUCGCAGUGGUGUAAGAGUCAGGGGAUAGAACUGUCGAACCCUGAACAGUGUGGUAGGGAGGAGGGCAUCACGGAAGCAGAGUGUGACCGUUUCUUUUCCUUGCUCGACAAGUUGUCUGCUGCAGUGCCUGAACAGAAGGAAGCAGCAAAGGAGCUUCGUUUGUUGACAAAAAAGGUGCCUUCAUUCCGAGCUCUUUUCGGUGAAUCCGUUGACGCCAUCACUCAACUGCUCACCCCGCUUUCUAGAUGCAACUCUCAGAGUGGUGUUCACCCUGAUCUCCAGGAAGAUGUGAUUACGACACUCUUGAACCUUUCGAUCCAUGACAGCAAUAAGAAGCUUGUUGCUGAAACACCAAUGGUUGUUCCCCUUCUUAUGGAAGCACUGAGAUCUGGAACUAUUGAAACAAGGAGCAAUGCAGCUGCGACCCUUUUCACUCUAUCAGCACUUGAUUCUAACAAGGUUCUUAUUGGUAAAUCUGGUGUCUUAAAACCUCUCAUUGACCUUCUAGACGAGGGUCAUCCGUUGACAAUGAAAGAUGUUGCUUCUGCAAUAUUUAACCUAUGCAUUAUCCAUGAGAAUAAGGCAAGAGCUCUGAAGGAUGGUGCAGUAAAGGUCAUUUUAAAAAAGAUUAUGGAUGGUGUGCAUGUAGAUGAAUUAUUGGCUAUCCUUGCAAUGCUUUCGACCCAUCAAAGGGCUAUUGAGGAAAUGGGGGAGCUUGGAGCAGUUCCUUGCUUGCUUCGUAUUGUCAGGGAGAGCAAUUGUGAACGGAAUAAGGAAAAUUGCAUCGCAAUCCUGCACACCGUCUGUCUUAAUGAUCGAACCAAAUGGAAGGCACUAAAGGAAGAAGAGAUUAGCUACGGAACAAUAUCUAAGCUUGCUCAAGAUGGAACUUCGAGAUCCAAGAGAAAGGCUAAUGGAAUUCUCGAAAGACUAAGAAGGGCUAUUAAUAUUACUCAUACUGCAUGAAGAUAUCACUCGGUGCAAUAUCGCCAAGUGCAUCAUCUGUAAAUUCUGUUUCCAACACCCGGUCACCACUUCCGCGUAUCAGCAAUCUGAUCUUGUAAAUUCUUGUCCCUCAUCAGAGUUUUAAUCUCUGGUUUAAUGGUUAGCCGCCGCUGUUAAUAAAAACGUUGGGAGCUUAUGUUUAUGAGAUGUUCUCUUUGUUUCAUCCAAUAACUUGUAAGUUGUUUUCCUUUGCAUCCACACACACCUGUUCUUAUUUGAAUACAAAUCAUGCAUUAGAUUCUCUCUUUUUUUCUUUUCUUUUUUUUUGUGUAGAUCCAACAGUUUGUACACAAUUCACAUGGCCAUUUUUAGCAGCUUUUUGAAUUUUACUUGCCAUAUAUAAACUUGAACCCUUUUUUCUACACUAGUUGCAUGAUAUCUCAUCCUUCAUUCUUGGAUUUAUGGCAGAAAGAUUUAAUCUUCUAAGUUGUGCAUUGUCCUUAGUGUUGUCCAUAACCAAUUCAUCGUAUGACGACGUAGAUACUUUGAAAUUUUGUUGCAUUAGUACAUGCUGACUCUUAUCACUCGGAGGAAUGAAUGGUUCUUAGAUAUGGAAGGGGAAGAAUGUGUCCAUAUUGAAUGGUUUGUUGAUUUCUGGUGUUGUGGUCCAACCAAUUGGCAGCCUGCCAAAGUCUUCAAUGUAACAGUUACCGCCCUAAAUAGAGCGAUGCAGAAGCCUAGUUCCUUCUUGUUCUCGUCUCCUUAACCUCCUUGGUUGAAACUGGGUUUAUGAUAGUGACUUGUAUCCAUCAUUUUCAUAAAUGUAUUAUUUCAUUGCAUUACUUGAAAAUCCUGAAAUGUUGGUGCCCAAAAUUUUGAAGAUAAUGGUAAAAGUACAGAGAGAGGUCGUUAAUGGUGUAUGGUCGUUAAUGGGUCUACCAUGUGCCCUGCCAACUGCAUUGGUCGAUACUUGCUCCUAGCCUUACAAACUGAAACGCGCAUGCUUUGUCUGCCCGCUGCUCGCAUACCCUUCAUUUACACAGGAUCCGAUUGGUGACUGCUGUUUGUAUCAAUAAAAUAUAUCAAAUUUCAAGGUUUUGGCUUAAGAAA